UAAACUACGCCUUCGUUUGGUGCCGUGAAGGAAAAUUUUUUUAUUAGGAAAAGGGAGGGAGGGAAAGUGCAGAGGGUUAACUCUUUUCAUGAAAUAGAAAAUCUGAAGUGAUCAAGACUACAACGGCAAUAAGAGAAAUGUGGAGGUUGCUGAUCGCUGUGCUGAUAGCUGAGACUGCUGACGGCUACAGGGUGGGCGUGGGCCGUGCUGACGUAACAGGGCCUCCAGUAGAGAUCGCCUUCAUGGGGUAUGCGGUGAUGAAACAGAGAGGUUCGGGGAUCCACCUUCGGCAGUUCUCGAGGGCUGUGGUGGUGGAGGAGGCCGGCAGGCGGUUGGUCCUGGCCAGUGUCGAGUGUGGUAUGAUGUCCCACGGUGUCCGUGUAGAGGUCUUGAGGAUACUGGGCCAGAAGUAUGGGUCGCUCUACACAGAAGAUAACGUGAUGUUGUCGGGGACCCACACCCACUCGGCCCCUGGAGGUUACCUCAUGAGCUUGCUUUUCGAUCUCAACACUUUUGGUUUCGUUUCAGAGACCUUCAGCGCGCUCGUCUCUGGCAUCGUUUUGAGCAUAGAACGGGCUCAUAAAGAUUUAGCAGAAGGGCGGAUUUCUAUCUCACACGGCGAACUCUUAGGCGCAAACAUCAACCGCAGCCCUACCGCCUACAGCCAGAAUCCCGAGGCAGAGAGAGCAAGGUAUGUUUACGACGUGGAUAAGACCAUGGUCCAGCUGCGGUUCGAGAGACCCGACGGGAGGAUAGUGGGUGCUUUCACGUGGUUCGCGGUCCACCCUGUGUCCAUGAACAAUACUAACACUCUUGUGUCAUCUGACAACCUGGGAGUCGCGGCUUUGCUGCUGGAAGAGAGCAUGAACACAGGAUAUCUUCCAGGGAAGGGUCCAUUUGUAGGGGCUUUCGUCUCUACCAACCUGGGCGACGUGUCGGCUAAUCUGGCAGGACCUCGGUGUAUGGCUUCCGGUCUUCCCUGUGACAUCAACACCAGCUCCUGCGGCGACCGGGACGUCUGUGUAGCCCAGGGACCCGGCAAGGACAUGUUCGAGAGCACGAGGAUCAUCGGAGAACGGAUCUACAGCAAGGCUCUGGAGCUGCUGAGGGCUGGUGAGCAAGGUAGACGGUACCUAAGCGGAGGUCUGAGGGUAGUUCACCAGUAUCAGGACAUGCCGAACUACAAGGCUCUGUACUGGGACCCGGCUUCAUCUCAAGAGAUUCCGGUGCAUGGAUGCCAACCUGCCAUGGGCUAUAGCUUUGCCGCAGGUACUACAGAUGGACCUGGCACGUUCCCUUUCUCUCAGAAUGUGGUGACUGCAAAUCCCUUGUGGGACUCCAUUCGUAACCUGAUCUACGGGCCAUCGGAGAGUCAGAUGGCCUGCCACUAUCCCAAGCCCAUCAUGCUCACCACCGGAGAGAUGACCUUUCCAUUCGAGUGGCAGCCUUCUGUGGUGUCCACGCAGCUGGCUCUUGUGGGUGACGUCGCGCUGGUAUGUGUGCCGGGGGAGUUCACCACCAUGGCGGGUCGCAGGUUAAGGGAUGCUCUCAGACAGACCCUCCACUUCGCUUCCAACAAGAACGUGCUCAUCGUUGGCCUCUGCAACACGUACGCAGACUAUAUCACUACUCCGGAGGAGUAUAAAGUUCAGAGAUACGAGGGUGCCUCAACGAUUUUUGGACCGUACACGCUUCCCCUAUACUUGGACAUCUACAGAAAAUUGGCUCAAGCCACUUUGUCUCCUGAAAGUCGAUUGGCAAGAAACGAGCCACCUGUGGAUUUCUUCAACGACCUCCUCUCCUUGACAACUCCUGUGGUUUUCGACUUCGCCGGGUGGUCCGCACACUUCGGACAGGUGCUGCUGGAGCCACCUGAGACUGUGCUAUCCGGUGACACCGUCCUCGCCAGAUUCGUAGGAGCAAAUCCCAGGAACCACCUCCAGCACGAAGGCAGCUACCUGACCGUAGAGAGGCUGCAAGGUGAGACGUGGAGAGUCGUAGCCACAGAUGCCAGCUGGGAGACUCAGUUCCACUGGACCCGAAUCUCAGGUAUCCUAGGCACUUCGGAAGUAGAGGUCCGGUGGUCUGUGCCGCGUCAGGUUCUUCCGGGCACAUACCGGAUCAACUACCUCGGUCAUUUCAAAUACAUGCAUGGCCAGGUCGAGCCUUUCGUCGGGACUACCAGGAACUUCCAGGUAGUCGGCGGAUGAAAGGUCUACCAACUGUUUGGAUUGAUAAUCUCUACAGGACUGUCUGGAAAGAUAUUGUAACGUAUCUGGAGUAAUAAAUGAGUGUGACCCAGUCAACAAAUUGUA